CAUCUGAACAAUUUUUCGUCUGUUCGAGGGGCUUCCCGCCGAACAACGACAAUGACUCCAUCGUUUUCUCCCAAUUCAUGAGUAUCAGACUUAUUGAUACACCAGUUCAUAUUCAGGCUCAUGGUUCAGCGCGUGCCGCAUUGCGACGAUGUUUUUAGCGGCCGAGGACACGCCUUUGCUCAGAGCAUGGCUUAUGAACAAGCUGCCUGAAGUAUCGGAUACAGAGACGGAUAUCUUGGCAGACUAUGUCUUGGCUCUGCUUGCCUCUCAGGAAGGCGACGCAGCGCACAUACGUGCGGCAUGCGAAAGCGAAUUGCCGCAGUUUCUGAACACGGAUGCCGCACCUGACUUUGUUGACGAGUUGUUUCGCGUCAUCGAGUACAGGUCCUUCCUCCCCGGUGCGCCUCCGCCGCCCGAGAAGCGAUCGCAGCCGAAUCUCUCUAGUCCCGUCGCGUCAUCAGACUUAGCGCUGCAAAGUGGUUCGCGGAAACGUCCAUACCAUGAGAGAGAUGAUGUCGGCGCCUCGGGCGAUCGGGACUUUCGCUUCGGCGAGGAGCGCGCACAUAAGCAACCACGUCGAGUACAGUGGGACUCGAGGAUGCCUGGCCUGAGAGGGCGCGGUAGUCCGAACGACUACCCAAGGCAGCCAUAUGUUUCCGACGGUCUUCAACAGGUACCGCCCGCAACGGCGCCGUACGAUCCCAACUUCCCGCAGCCGCCCGGUAAUUUCCAAGACUGGCGCGGGCUGCCCCAGAUGCCGGUCUAUCCCCAACCAGCACCUUACGGCCCGCCACAAGGACCGCGAAGGAACAGGCAGAAAUGUCGCGACUUCGCGACCAAGGGCUAUUGUGCUCGCGGUAAUUCUUGCCAGUACGACCACGGCAUCGAGCCUAUCUGGCUCCCGCCCAGCGGUCCCAGCGGGCCUCCCAAGUUCGAGGAUUUCGAUCCCCGGGAUGCGGCAAUGAUGAUGUCGCAGAACUUUCAGCAGAUGCAACAACUCAUGGAGGCCUUCAACGCUGAACAGGAAGGUCGAGACGGCCGUAAGAACCGACGAGGUGCAAAAGGUAGACGGCGCCAGAACCGAGCCUCAUUCUCGGCAGAUGGCCCUGUCGAUGACAAAUCCAAGACGACCAUCGUCGUCGAGAACAUUCCGGAGGACCACUUUUCGGAAGAGGAAAUCCGCAAGUUCUUCUCGGAGUUUGGCAACAUUGAGCAGGUCACGAUACAGCCGUACAAGCGGCUUGCAACCGUCAAGUAUGACACAUGGGACGCUGCCAACGCUGCCUACCGGUCUCCCAAGGUCAUAUUCGACAACCGCUUUGUUAGGGUCUUUUGGUUUGUUGAGGAAGCUGAACAGGCUGCAGCACGUGCUGCCAAUGCCUCUGGCGAAGAGGGAGAACCCGAGAUCGACUUGGAGGAGUUUAUGAAAAAGCAAGAAGAGGCUCAGCGACAGCACGAAGAGAAAAUGCGAAAGAAAGCGGAGCUCGACAAGCGACGUCAAGAGUUGGAGCAUCGUCAGCGAGAGCUACUUGCCCAGCACCGAGAAGUCCAGCAGAAGCUCCAGGCGAAGAUGGCAUCCAAGAAUGGUGAUGUAGACAACGCCGAGGAUGGCUCGCUGAACUCGGCGCUUCGGGCGCAGCUCGCGGCACUCGAGGACGAGGCUAAGCUCCUCGGUCUGGACCCGAGCGCGGCGGAUGAGCAUGAGCCAGCAACCACUUGGCAUGGAAGUACCCGUGGCAAUGCCCGUGGCAGAGGCGGCUUUGCCCCGCGCGGACGAGGCUUUGCGCCCAGGGGCAGGGGAUCCUACCGUGGGGGAUUUAGAGGUGAUGUCCACGCUGCCUAUGCGGCAUAUUCGUUGGAUAAUCGUCCCAAGACUGUUUCUGUCACGGGCGUAGACUUUACGUCGUCUGAGAAGGAUGAGGUGCUUCGGCAAUACCUUCUCGGCGUGGGCGAAUUCACCGAUAUCCACACGACCCCUUCCGAGACCGAAGUUACCUUCAAGGACCGCAAGACGGCGGAGAAGUUCUUUUAUGGUCUUUUGAAGAAGGAAAUUCCUGGCAUCGAUGGCCAGCUUGAGUUGUCGUGGGUUUCCAAACCACUGCCUUUAGCCAGCACGACGGAGAAGGCUCCUUUGAAGCGUCAGGGCGCGCCUGAUCAUGAUAUGGCCAUGGGCAACGCCGCACCUAACGGGUCUUCGGCGACCACUCUGGACCAGCAGCCUGAGCAACAACGGGAGAUGGACUACGACGUGGCGGACGACGAUGAUUGGGGAGUCGAGUAGGGAAAAGUCUCACGCUGCGGAAUGCACAUGACGAGACCCAUGGGCUGGGCGUUUCAUGAAGGUGUUUGUAGCAUUAUCUGUAUACCCCGUGAUUUUUGGAGCCGUGGCGGACAGGGCUGAACGAAGGUUUGUCUGUGAGUGGCCGGGUUAUGCCAUCGAUCCUACGUUGUGUGGUAUGGGGCCGAAGAAGGCACGCGACUGGGCAGAAGAGUACCUAAAAAGAGACCAAGACUUGAUACCCCCCAAACGUUGAGUUACCUCGAAAUGAACCGUGUUCGCCCUGGAUUGUCCCGUUCAGCUACAGGGACAGGCCGUACUUUAACUGCAGCGUCAUGUAGUCUGAUUGCAUGUACUCUAAGCAAGUCAUCCGGUACGACACAACAUUAGACCGGAACCGACCGUGGUUGACAACGUCUGUUAGCCUUUCUUGGGGAUAACAACAACAACAACAACAACACGGCCUGGAAAGGACAGGUGUGUUGGUGCCGAAUAUCGAACAGGCCGCGCCGGGAACAGCCCGGACGACGAGUGAUUAGCUGCGAGCGCGAGCGUUGGCAAGUCUGGUAUCCAAGAACGAACCGACUGACGACAAGAUUCGUGGCGCCGCAUUUGUGUCAAGGCGUUGAUUCGACUGCAAGGCUUCAGCACUUCAAAGCUUCAAAGCUUGCUGUGCGUUUCAGGUCAUACCUUAGCCAUAGACUUUUCCCAGCAACUAACAGAGCUUGGUUUCCCCCCUCAUAUCCAUACUCUCUCGCCUUAUCUUCCUCCCCCCGCCUCUUCCUCGUCGUGCCGAGAAAAGCCGUUUGGGCUGAUUCGCGGUAUGACACUUUGCGGCCGUC